CGCACGAUAUCUCGGCUAUCCACUGGUACGCAGGCAGUUGCCAUGUGUUGAGAGGCUUGUGCUUGUGAGUUCGCGGAGCUACGGUGUUCAGGCCUCGAAAGCGGCACGGUAAAAAAGCGAAGGCGAUGGCCGAAGCCCUAUACAUGAACUGGACCACGAAGAUGUCCGAGAGUUUGCAAGAAGUGGCUGCAAACGUCGUGGUUCAACCGACGUUUUACAACGUGACCAUGCAGCAGAAUCGCACGGGCGAAGAGGAAGGGAGGACCGUAGUCGGAGUCACGAUGAUCUCGCUGGUGCUUUGCACGAUGAUGGUCGUGACAAUAGUAGGGAACACUUUGGUGUGUCUGUCCGUCAUUUUGGCAAGAAAGUUACGAAGACCAGCGAACUACCUCAUUGUUUCUCAGGCCGUUGCUGAUUUGCUGGUGGCCAUGGCCGUGAUGCCACUGUCACUGACCAACGAGCUGGAGGGCAGGUGGAGCCUCGGCAAGCCUCUCUGUGACCUGUGGAUCUCUGUGGACGUCUUCUGUUGUACUGCUUCCAUCAUCAACCUCUGCAUGAUCAGCGUAGAUAGAUACCUGGCAAUAUCUCAUCCACUGUCCUACCGGGUUCACCGUACGUCCCGUGUCAUGCUGAUGCUGGUAUCCGUCGUUUGGAUCAUAUCAGCGCUGAUCUCUGUCCCCGCCUUGCUGGGCUGGGGAAAAGGAAACGAGUAUGACGGAGAGACCUGUCUGAUCAAUCAAGACAAGGGAUACACCAUCUACUCAACCCUCGGCGCCUUCUAUAUCCCAAUGCUGGUGAUGCUGGUGCUGUACUGGCGGAUCUACAUCACGGUACAGAGGCACAAGAACAGCAGCUUACGGCGUACUUACGUCACCAGGAUGUCUCCUGCCGCCGCCGAGAGGACCAUAGCUAAUGAUGCCCCCACUGGCUCAAGCGGUGCUGCAAACGGACGCGCCCAAACAGUGGAGAAACCCAACCAGUCAGAACCCAAACGAAUAUCCUUGACCAAAGAAUACAAAGCCGCCAGAACUCUCGGCGCCAUAGUGGGCGCCUUCAUCCUCUGCUGGCUGCCUUUCUUCGUCCUCGCCGUCAUCAGACCGUUCUGCAACGACACCUGCCGGGUCCCACCGGUAGUGGAUGGCGUCACGCUAUGGUUAGGUUAUGCCAACUCAGCGCUCAACCCCGCUAUAUACGGAGGACUAAACAACGAUUUCCGGGCCGCCUUCCGUGCUGUUAUAUGCUGUUCCUUAAAAGACUUGAACAAGCGGAACCAGGGUAUGAUCAUUACAAGAAACUGUCGAACGGAGAUCAGAAGAGGAAGCGAAGAAUCGGCAUCGUCUCCUCAGGGAAGAUGGACGUCUUUUAAACUGUCAUAUAUCACAUUCAACAGGACCCUCAGUCGUAGUAGUAACAAGAGCAGUGGGAGAAGCAACAAGCAUAGAUUAGCAGGAAAAAAUGUACAGACAACCCGUGUAUAAGAGUUUGUAAAUAUUGGUGUUCUAUAUUGGAUGAUUUCU